ACCCGCGGCCACCUCUCCAUAUCCCAGCGGGGAGAGAGAGACCCAGCUGAUGCAGCAGUGGCCGGCAAGAGCGCCACGUGAGGAAGCUACCAGCUCGAGACAAUCAAGCAGCUGAGAUUAGCAGCAGGUGCAGCAGAUUAAGACUUCGCCUGUUCGCCACACACAAAUCCAUGUAGAAAUCCAUAUAUAUCCAGAUUACCAAAGACACUCCACAUGCUGUUCUGGCUCUGUGCAGUGCUGUUUUCUCCAGCUUCUUCUUCGACGCACGUUCAUCCAUGGAUAGCUGCAGCCGGGUGAUGUAGAUCUAGAUAUCCAGGAACAAGCUACUGAGCUAGGCCCCUCGUCGUCCCGAACGCAGAUCACGAGUAGCAUUGGUCGCAAGACUUGGAAUCGUCGUCUUGCCAGCUUAACGAGUCGAGACCAUGGCGCUGGCGAGCACGGAGAAGGUGGUGCUGGGAUGCGUGGCGUUCGGCAUCUUCUGGGUGCUGGCCGUGUUCCCCUCGGUGCCCUUCAUGCCCGUGGGCCGGACGGCUGGGUCCCUCUUGGGCGCCAUGCUCAUGGUGCUCUUCCGCGUCAUGACCCCCGAGGAGGCCUACGCCGCAGUGGACCUUCCCAUCCUUGGCCUCCUCUUCGGCACCAUGGUCGUCAGCAUCUUCCUCGAGCGCGCCGACAUGUUCAAGUACCUCGGCAGCGCGCUCGCCUGGCGGAGCCGCGGAAGCAAGGACCUGCUCUUCCGCGUCUGCCUCGUCUCCGCCGUCGCCAGCGCGCUCUUCACCAACGACACCUGCUGCGUCGUGCUCACCGAGUUCAUCCUCAAGCUGGCGCGCCAGAACAACCUGCCGCCGCAGCCGUUCCUGCUCGCGCUGGCGUCCAGCUCCAACAUCGGGUCCGCCGCCACGCCCAUCGGCAACCCGCAGAACCUCGUCAUCGCCGUCCAGAGCGGCAUCUCGUUCGGCCAGUUCCUGAUCGGCGUCUUCCCGGCCAUGAUCGUCGGCGUCAUUACCAACACAUGCAUCCUGCUCUGCUACUUCUGGAAGUACCUCUCCGUGCCGGAGAAGGACCAGGAGGGUGGGCGGGCCGCGGGUCCUGAGGUCGUCGCCGACGACGAGGUCACCUCGCACCGGUUCACACCGGCCAGGAUGUCGCACUCCUCGUCCGUCAACGGCGCCGACGCCGACUGCAUCAGCGAGCCCAUCCGCCGGAGCGACAGCUUGAACAGGGCUGACACCCUGAGCCUGAGGAGCCGGAGCUACAACUCCGAGGGCGACAUCCAGGUGGCCAUCAGGUCGAAGCGCGCGUCGAGCAUGUCGCAGGAAAUGGUGGAGGUGUCCACCGUCUGCGACAGGCGCGACGACGGCGUGGGCCCGAGGAAGAUCACCAGGACGACCAGCCACCAGCGGAGCGUCAUCAUAGAGGACGCGCCCGAGGCCAACGCCAAUGGCGUCGACGGCGAGAAGGGGAAGGACGGAGAUGACGCCAAGGAGAAGAGAUGGAAGGUACUCGUGUGGAAGAGUGCUGUCUAUCUCACGACACUUGGGAUGCUCGUCGCGCUUCUCAUGGGGCUCAACAUGUCCUGGUCUGCCAUCACUGCUGCUCUUGUCCUCCUGGCACUUGAUUUCACUGAUGCACAGGCUUGCCUGGAGAAGGUAUCAUACUCAUUGUUGAUCUUCUUCUGUGGGAUGUUCAUAACGGUUGACGGCUUCAACAAGACCGGCAUACCGAAUGCGCUCUGGGAGCUGGUGGAACCGCACUCGAGAAUCGACAGCGCCAAAGGCACUGCACUUCUCGCGGUCGUGAUUCUUGUACUUUCAAAUGUGGCAUCAAAUGUUCCAACAGUUCUACUGCUCGGGUCAAGAGUGGCAGCAUCAGCAGCUGCGAUCUCCCCUGCUUCAGAGAAGAAAGCCUGGCUUAUACUAGCCUGGGUGAGCACAGUGGCUGGCAACCUGACCCUCCUCGGCUCAGCUGCGAACUUGAUCGUCUGCGAGCAGGCGCGGCGGGCGCAGUUCUUCGGGUACAACCUCACCUUCUGGAGCCACCUCCGCUUCGGCGUGCCGUCGACCAUCAUCGUCACCGCGAUCGGCCUGCUCAUCGUCGUCAGUUACUGAACCAGCUCAAGGAUCUAGCACUAGCAGCCAGUGGCAAGGACAUUGCAGGAAAGAAGCAGGGGUGCCUUCCGAAUGGAAGCAGCUGUGCAAAUGGGGAUGUACCUGAGGAGGAGGAUACUGUACUCAUAGGUUCUAGUUGUGUAAGUUGUUACUGCUUUUAUGUUUGUGUAAUUUCCGCGGAAACGAAUCGCGAAGGCGUCGGUUCGCCCAUCUGCUAAAGCAAAUAAUGGGCAAGGUUGUAGAUAGCUCGAAGAAGUGGUCGGCAUCCCUGUUCUAAGGCGAAAACUUGGUCUAGUUCAGGUAGGAUGGCUAGGGAAAUGGUACUGUAAGUUCAGUUAUUCCAGUUUGGUGUUGCAGUCAGGCGCCUUGUGUUUGGAACUCC